AUGAGAGUUCUUAUCGACGGAAUCAUUGCAGUCGGUAUAUUCUACUUGUAUCUUCUCCCAGCCAAGAAGUACAAUGUCUGGGGGCAACCGAAGCAAAAUAUCACCAUUGCGGCGCUUGCUCCCAUGACAGGUGAGUGGGAUGUUGGUCGAACGACGGCCGCCGCGAUGCCCAUUGCCGUCGAAGAUAUCAACAACGAUCCAUCUAUUCUUCCGAACCAUCGGCUUCAGUUUGUGUUCGGAAAUACAAACUGUUCACCGAACACAGCGCUACCUUUAGUAAUGAACUUCUGGGCGCAGCAGAAGCGAGGAGUUGACGCCUUUAUUGGGGGUGGAUGUAACCGAGUGUGUGAAUACAUCAGCUUGUUGGCUGGAAAAUGGAAUCUGCCUGUCAUAUCAUGGGGGUGUAUGUCUGCUCAUUUGUCCAACAGAAACACUUUCCCAACAUUUGUACGGACUGUAGGUCCCUACACCAAAAUGGAAAAGUUGCUUAAACGUCUGAUGGAACAUUUCAACUGGAAACGAGUAGCCAUAAUCGCCUCCACCGACGACAUCUGGCAGAUCGCGGCUAAUCUUGUGAAGAUUGAGCUCCUGAAACACAAAAUUAACGUCGCCCACUUUCAUUCUUUUAUACCUGGUCGUCUUCAUAUUCUGGAGAGCAGGAUUGUAAGACACGCUGAUCUCAUUCGUAGAGCAGCAAAACGUGCAAUGAUUUUCAUACUUCUCUGCGAUGGAGGCGACAUCCGCGAAAUCAUGUUGAACUUUCUGGAUCUGGGGCUGUUAAACGGAAACUAUGCUUUCAUUACCGUCCACUUGCCCAAACGUUCUUACAUCGGCAACAACACGUGGAUGGGUAAUGACGGAAGAGAUAAUGACGCUAAGAAAGCUUAUGAAGGGGUGUUGAAUAUCGAACAGAAGUUUGGAACAGAGAAGCGUUCAGGUGCUAAAGUAUCGGCGUUUGUGGACCGCAUCAAGAAGCGAAUGAAACAAGAACCGUUUAACGUGGACUUUCCAGAAAACAGAACGGUGGAGGCGUAUGCAGGAACAAUGUACGAUGCCGUUUGGUUGUACGCCCUUGCUGUGAACGAGACUCUGGAAAUGGGGACAAGUAUUAGAAACGGAUUAGAAGUCGCUAAGAGAACAUACAACAGACUUUAUGAAGGUAUUCUGUUAAUGUCUAUUAGUUUUCUUGUGCACAACAUGAAGUUCACCGAUGCUGAAGCACAGUCAAUGUGCUGUGCGCCAUUAUAG